GUCCUAAGUGUAAUCUCUGGAAAAUUAAUCAUGCUUAUACAUUCAGACAUCACUGAUUCAUUGAUAAUAAUUCUGAUAUAAAAGCCAGGCAGCUCAACUAAAGAUUAUUCCAUUCAUUAAUAGUGAUACUAAGAGCUGUCACAUUGUCUUCACUAGCAAAAAUGUUGAAGUUUCUUCUCCUGUUACUUCCGGCUUUUGCUUUCGCUCAAAACGUUGACUUGAGGCCCUACAAUUUAACAGCCACCUACAUGUUUAUUUUAGUGGACAAGGAUCUCAACGGUCAAGUAGACAGGAAUGAAAUUGACCUAAACUUUCAGCAAUAUGACGCUGACCACAAUGGACGAGUCAGCCGUGUUGAGUACAUUAACUAUGUGAACCAGCACGAACCGACCCUUAACCUUUUUCACGAUGCGCUUUUUGACAUCUAUGACGUAGACGGCGACCAUAUUCUAUACCACAACGACUACGAUAACUUCUACGCCUUGAUGGACGGAGAUGGUAAUGGAAUCGUCAGUCAUUUUGAAUUCGUCAGGUACUGGACAAUUUUACUCGAGACUUUAGAACAUCUUCACAACUUUGGAAAAAGUCUGCAGGCCCCAGCUCAAUAAAGAGAAUCAAACGUUUGGAAUCGAUCUAUUAAAAAUAGUAUUUUGUGUAAGACAAAAGAAAAAUGUUUGGAAGAAUACUUGGUAUAUGACAAGGAAAGCAGAUAUUUCUCUCGUUUCAGCUUUGUAUACGUCACAAAUAAAUUUGUACCAAAAUUAAA